UCAGAAGCAGGAUCCGGGGUUCUUGGCGGUGUUAUAUCUACACUACAUACUGACUGUACCUGGUGGGAGGGUUUAGUAAGUCCGAGGGUGGCAUUAAGUUUCUUCAAACAGACUCAUCUUUGCAGAUACUAUUGCAGAACAGAAAAGAGACCUGGGGAGAAAUUUCCUCCCCCACACCACCCUAGUCCUAUUGGCACUCUAGACAAGCCAAAUUAAAAGUCCUGCAACACAACCUCGUUAUUUCCAGCACUGUCGGCGUGGACAGCUACUGCAUCCUGGCUGCUUCCUCUGCAGUGUGCCGCGGGAGAGCUACAGCACGCGACUGACCCGCGCACUCGCUCCUCCCUGUUCGCCCCCACCGUUAGCUCACUCUACCGGCCACUUUGAGGGAUUUCCUCCCGGGGUGGCCUUUGCAGCAGAAACACAUCUGCCGGGUUCGUGGCAACUGCAAGCAUGGAUCUCCGAAGAAGAGCCCUUCUCAGCGGAGACAGACUUCGGAUUCUCCUAAUGCUCUUCUAUGCAAUGGUUCAAACCGUGGCAGAACAAGAAGUGGAAAAUCUUUCAGGCCUUUCCACGAACCCCGAAAAAGACAUAUUUGUGGUGCGGGAAAAUGGAACGACGUGUCUCAUGGCAGAGUUUGCAGCCAAAUUUAUUGUACCUUAUGAUGUGUGGGCCAGCAAUUACGUGGAUCUGAUCACAGAGCAGGCUGAGAUCUCCUUGACCCGGGGAGCUGAGGUGAAGGGCCGCUGUGGCCACAACGAGUCGGAGCUGGAGGUGUUCUGGGUAGAUCGCGCCUACACUCUCAAAAUGGUCUUUGUAAAGGAAAGUCACAACACUUCCAGAGGAUCAGAGGCGACUUGGAGGCUGAGCAAAGUGCAGUUUGUCUAUGAUUCCUUGGAGAAGACCCACUUUAAAGGCGCAGUGAGCGCUGGGAAGCACACGGCCAACUCUCAUCACCUUGCUGCUUUGGUAACCCCAGCUGGGAUGUCCUAUGAGUGUCAGGCUCAGCAGACCAUUUCUCUGGCCUCCAGUGAUCCUCAGAAAACGGUCACCAUGAUCCUGUCUGCUGUGCACAUCCAGCCCUUUGACAUCAUCUCUGACUUCGUCUUUAGUGAAGAGCAUAAAUGCCCAGUGGAUGAGCGAGAGCAGUUGGAAGAGACCUUGCCCUUGAUCCUGGGCCUCAUCUUGGGCCUUGUCAUUGUGAUAACACUUGUCAUUUACCACGUCCACCAUAAAAUGACUGCCAACCAGGUGCAGAUCCCCAGGGACAGAUCGCAGUACAAGCACAUGGGCUAGGGAUGAUUAGGCGACAGCCU